AUGGGGAAGGUGCUGCUGUGGGUCGGUGAGUCAUUUAUAAUAUUUUGUAGACUGCCUCUCUUAAGGUUUGUAAGGUGGGGUUUCAUUUCACAGACACCAAGAAUGGUGCUUUGUUAAGCUACAUAGCGCAAUUUUUCCAUUACUUUGGACUCUCUUCUCUGUUCUUUGCAGGUUUGGCUGUUUUGCUGCAGCUGCAAAUCAGUAAGUACAUAUUCCAUUCCUUUACUAGGGAUGAGCAGUGUGUUUGUGUGCAUGUGUGUGUGCAGAAGAUGCAAAUAAUAAACAAAUAAAUAAAUAAUACCCUGCCCAUCUGGCUGGGUUUCCCCAGCCACUCUGGGAGGCUCCCAACAGAAUAUUAAUAAUAAUUUUAAAAAGCGAUAAAACAUACUCUACCCAGCAUGGUGCUGAAUUUUGGACUUGAGAAGCUCAGGUUUACUUUCCUUCUACCUUAGCCAUCCCAGGUAGACAUGUCUCAUUACUUUAGAGUCAUUUCAAAGGUAAAAAAGGGAUAAUUUAUAUGGUAAGCCAUCAAGAAUCCUGGGAAUUCCAUGUGAAAGAAAUAUUUACAAAUAAUCAGAACUGCUAAUUAACUCAAAUUAGCCAGUGCCCCUGCCAUAUUUUAUUCAAGUUGGCACUCCUGGUUGUAUAUAUAUACUCAAAGUCUUCCCCCUCACCCCACAAUUUAUCAUCUUGCUUCAUGCAAAAUUUACCUGUGUGACAAAGAUUUUUGGCAAAAUGGUACAAAUUAAAAUAGCCACAUCCCAUCUUUCCAAAAGUUUGUCCCAUAAGGGUUUUGUUUUUGCUUGCUCCACAGUCCUUGCAUGCUUACCUGGCAUAUAACUAUAUGGUUGGGAAGGGAUUUUAAUUAAAAAAUGAGAUGUAAUGAGUAUUUUAAAGAGCUGCUUCAUUGUUUCGUCUCUUCCGAUCAGGCUCGGCAUGCAAACUUGUAUGCUAUUUCACCAACUGGGCUCAGUAUAGGCCAGAGCCAGCCAAAUACUUCCCAAACAAUGUGGACCCACAACUCUGCACCCACCUGAUCUAUGCUUUCGCUACAAUGAAUGAAAAUAAGAUUGCCCCUUAUGAAUGGAAUGAUGAAGACAGGCUCUUCCCAGAGUUUACCGCACUGAAACAAAAGUAAGCAGCAACGCAAAACCACAGAGCAACAUUUCACAUGUGGAUGUCUGUUUAGGGCCACAUAACUGUCAAUUUAUGUGCCAGGGUGAUAGAAAUUCUUCUGAACGGUGUCCCUUCACAUGGCACAUUUCAGCUAAUGUGGUGAUGCCAGCUGUUUCAGUCUUCGCUUGCUGCUGUGCAUUACAGCAGCUUUUGCUGUGCCAUCACUAGCUAAUAUUUAGGAACUUUGAUUCCAGCUGCAAUAUAAUAUUUGCUGUGCACUGCAAUUGAUAUAUAAUAUUAGGCCCACAAUUCCUUAACUCUGAUUGCAUCAACUAGAGCAGGAAUAGGCAAACUCCUGCCCUCCAGAUGUUUGAGACUACAAUUCCCAUCAUCCCUGACCACUGGUCCUGUUAGCUAGGGAUGAUGGGAAUUGUAGUCCCAAACAGCUGGAGGGCCGGAGUUUGCCUAUGCCUGAACUAGAGAAUGGAUGUGAAUUCAUACUAAAAUGGUUCUUCGCACGCUAAUACUAAUAUACUAACUAGAAGUUUGAAGAGUUUUACUGAAGGGCAUUAACAGUCCAUGGUAGAGUGAAUGAACACAAGCCCCUCUAGAGCAGGUCAAAAGUAUACAUUCUGUCCUCACAUUGACCAACCAGAUGCCCAUGGAAAGGACAUGAGCACAAUAGCAUUCUCUCCACUUGUGUUCCCCAUCAACUAGUAUUUAGAGACAUACUGCCACUGAUCCUGGAGGCAGCAAUGAAACACUGUGACUAGCCUUAUUCAUCAUGAAUUUAAAGGUCUCUGGGUUGGUGGCCAUCACUGUAUCUUGAAGUAGCAACUGUGUGAAGGAGGAUUUCCUUUUGUCCAUCUUGUGUCUCCCAACACUUAGAUUCUUUGGUUCUAGUAUUAUGAGAGAAGAGGAAAACAACCUCCUUGCCCUCUUUCUCCAAUCUAUGCAAUAAUUUUGCACACUCUGGUGAAGUGAAUAGCACAUGGAAGUUGGUUUGGGUUUAAAUAUCCACUCAGUCCAUGUUACUUACCAAUUGGUCUUGGGCAAAUCCCCACAUUUUAGCUUGACCAACACUGUUGUUAGUAGAAUAAAAUAGGAUAAUUCCAUGUAAGCUGCUUUGGGCUUCUUGUAAGAAAGGGAAGAUACAAAUGUGAUAAAGAAAUAAGCAUUGGGUUGGAUCCAACUUAAGUUAAACACACUUAGGUCCUAUUGAAAUAAGUGUGUGAAGGGUUAGUUGGUUUCAGUGGGGCCUAAAUGCAACUCCUUUAGGUUAGAUUCAUCCGAUUGAUGCAUGUGCUGCAUAAAUACAUAAUUGCACAGGGAAUGGUGCUGUACUGUUGUGUAUAAUACUGUCUUGAGUGUAUAAACCUAUAUCUGUAAAAAAAGCUUCUCUAUUCACUUUAAUAUAUUAAUAUAUUCUGUGCCUUUUAGGAAUUCCGAACUGGUUCAGCUGUUGGCUAUCGGAGGGUGGAAUUUCGGCACUCAGAAGUGAGAAUGGCUUUUGUUUAUUUACCUCUACACUGACAAAGAGUUCAAAUUAUGAAGCAACCAGAUGGUUAGAAACCACACUAAGCUCUAGCAGAUGUUAGAAAUUCUGAAACUUCACAGCAAUAAAGGGAAAUUAAGUAGUCUGUAUGAAAAGGCAGGGCUAGAGCUAAGUAUUAAUUUAUUUGCGAACAUGUUCUUGCAAGUGUUCAUACAUUCUCUAAGGGAGGCAUUUUUACCUUAAAGUAAGUUUUCCUUAGUACCACAGUAAAAAUGCAAUACUAAGAAUGAGAUCUGUUCCUUUUAGAUUCACCACAAUGGUCGCCACAGCUGCCAACCGAAAGACCUUCAUUGAUUCAGUGAUAGCAUAUCUCCGCAAAUUUAAUUUUGAUGGGAUUGACUUGGACUUUGAAUACCCGGGCUCUAGAGGCAGCCCCCCUGAGGAUAAGCAACGGUUUACCAUCUUGAUUCAGGUGAGGUACCAGCCCAGCAUUCUCUCACAGAUCUAGUAUACUUCCAUAGCUAGCUUAGCCUACCGAAAGCUUUUAACAAACAUAGAAAUCUCAUAAAUAGAAUGGAUGAUAUAUGCUGUUGAGUUGUUUCUGCCCCUAAAUGGGCUAUAUACCAAGAACCUCAACUUAUAUACAAGGUUCCCCCUAAAGUUGCUUAUCCAACCCUGUCUUGGAAAUAACAGAAACCCAGCAUUUUUCGGGAUUGUGUUAAUCAGCAUGUUGCUGAUCUUUGCAGAUUAAAAACAGAUUAAUGUUUGGGAUAUAUUGUUACCAUUUUCAGAGCUAAAAUGUUUUCCUCUCACUAUCACAAAGGGGAAAAAAUGUACAUUAGAAUCUGGCAAUUGCUGAACAUGUGAAGAGGAACUUAAAAGUCCUUUGCUGCUAAAUGGCACAGAUAUAAAGUUAGAUCAGUAUGAGGCAGACCAGAUUAUAAACUUAGGCUCUGGCCUUUCAGAUGGAUCUCUUGAGAUGAAAGGCAAGACGCUGGACUAGCUCAGCUUUCUGACUUAGUUACUGAGAGAAUCCCUGAUAAAUUGGUACUCUUGACUGAGAUCUCUGAUACCAGGCUUUCUGGGAAAUGAUAUAUAAUGAACUGAAAAAGGUAUUUAAAUAUACCUUUCUGAAGAAACCAGAGGCCUUUCUUCUGGGCAUGGUCGGCCAAUUGGUGCGAAGGGAGGAUAGAACUUUCUUUAUGUAUGCUACAACAGCAGCAAGAAUACUCAUCGGGAAGUACUGGAAGACACAAGAAUUGCCCACCCGAGAAGAAUGGCAGAUGAAAGUGAUGGGCUACAUGGAACUGGCUGAGAUGACCGGCAGAAUUCGAGACCAGGGAGAAGGGUCGAUGGAAGAAGAUUGGAAAAAAUUCAAAAUAUAUCUUCAAAAGUACUGCAAUAUAAAAGAAUGUUAGAAAGAGGUUGGAAAAAGAAUAUUAGGUCGUUCUGGUAGAUAUGAUAUAAUGGACUAAGCAAAAAUGACUUGAUGAAAUUGAUGAAUUAGAGGAGGUCUAAUCACAUUAUUUUAAUUUUUAAAAUACGUAAAUGAAAAUAAGGUUAGAAGGAUUUGCUGGAAACACGAUCUGAACUAGAAUACAAAACUGGGAGGUGAGAGGAGGUCAUGGAAAUAAGUAAAGGGAAAAGGCUAUGUAAAGGUUUAAUCUGUUUUUGUUUUAUUUUAACUCAAUGUAUUUUUAUAUUUUUUGUUAAGUUCUCUUUUUUAUUCUAUCUUAUUGUUCUUUUUUACUUGUUUAUUUCUUGCUUUGUUAUGUUAUGGCUAAAGUUUUCUUUGUAUUUUGUAUGGUUUUUCUUUUUCCUUUUUGGAACUUUAAAUCUGGAAUAAAUAUUAUUUUUUUUAAAAAAAGAGAUCUCUGAUACCAUUGUCAGUUUUAGAAUGGUCAUUUAACCUCAUGGUCAGAAAGACAAAUGACCUUCUAAUAGGCAUGUCUGACUCCACGUUUAGGGUGCCUAGGCAUCCUACUGUUUGGGCACUGUCAUUUUAAUUUGCAUCAGUGCCCCACAUUGAUGCAAUGCAUUGUAGGAAAUUAAAAUGACCACAGCUGCCUAGUUCCAGAAAAAAAUGACACGUGUUUGCUCUUGCUCUGCUAAUAGGUAUUCACUAAUAGUUCCUCCUCCCUCUUUAGGAAAUGUUGGAGGCCUUUACAGCUGAGGCUGCCAGCACAGGUCGCCCCAGACUGCUAAUCACAGCAGCUGUGUCUGCAGGGAAAGGAACCAUUGAUGCUGGGUACGAAAUAGCCACAAUAGGAAAGUAAGUAAAUGAAAACAUGCAUUUUCUUCAUAAUAGCCCCCUUCUCUGGCUUCUCUUAGAUAUGCUCCUAGCGGAGUGUAUCUCCUGUUAACUCUGCUUCUUGUGCAACUUCCUCCAGGCUCCUGGAUUUCAUCAGUGUGAUGACAUAUGACUUCCAUGGCGGCUGGGACACCUUCACAGGCCACAACAGUCCAUUGCAUGUGGGAUCCAAAGACCAGGGUGACUUAAAGUAUUUCAACUGUGUAAGGAGAUGGAGAAUAGAUUUGACCAACUCCCAUAGAAUAAGACAGAUAUUAAAUCCCACAACCCCCUCCAUAUCAUAUUCUUUUUUUUCCAAAACAGGAGUUUGCAAUGAAAUACUGGAGAGACAACGGUGUUCCAGCUAACAAGCUUCUCAUGGGAUUUCCCACCUAUGGACGCACUUUCAGGCUUACUACUAGUGAUACAUCUGUGGGUGCUCCUGCCUCUGGGGCUGGCUCUUCUGGACCUUAUACUAGAGAAGCUGGGUUCUGGGCCUACUAUGAGGUAAUGAUUUGAGGAAAAUUCAGGUUAUUUCUUCAUUGAAUGAGUAUUAAUGCCCGCCAUCAUCUAUACAUCAUUUUCAUAUAGUUUUCUUUCAAAAGAGAACAAUCUGUAAAUUUCAAAUUUAUUUUCCACAAUUUCCCCCAGUCCUCAAAUUGUAUAUUAUGUCCUAUAUCCUAUAUCUUCAUUGAAUGAGUAUUAAUGCCUGCCAUCAACUCCAUGCACGAAUGCAUUCAUUCUGGGUAAGUAUUAGUGCAUGUUCAUGACAAAAGGCUGUAGCUCAGUGGUAGAGAAUCUGCUUUGCAUGCAGAUUGUCCCAGAUUCAAUCCCUGGCAUCGCCAGAUAGGGCUACAGAAAGACCCCCCUGUUUGUAUUCCCGGAGCUGCCGCUGCCAAUUGGUGUAGACGGUACUGAGCUAGAUAGAUGAAUGGUGGGACUUAGAAUAAUAGAAUUGUAGAAUUAGAAAGGACCACAAGGGUUGUUUAGUCCAACCCCCUGGAAUGCAGGAAUCUUUUGCACAAGGUGGGGCUUGAACCCACGACCCUGAGCUUAAGAGUCUCAUGCUCUGUCAACUGAGCUAUCCCAGAAGGGCACAUAAAGCAGCUUCCUGGGUUCUUAUGAAUGGGUGGCCAGCCCAUUGGCCACUCCCCACACAGUUGAAAUGAUUGCCCAGGAAAGACAGGUACCCUAAAAACAAUCCAUAAACUGCCCAAAUGGAAGGUUCAGAUUGCAUGUGUAGAGAAGCCUAUGCAUAUUUGGGUACAAGCGUAGGUUCCUAUGCAAAUUUAUUAUAGUUGGAGGCUAAUCAAAUUGAAUUGAGUACAUUUAAAAGAUACAAGUAAAUUCACAAAGGAGCCAUCUUCUGCAAGUGACAGGCAGGAGCAGCUGCAGGUAUGAUCCUAAGCCUCUCACCAUGUGAUAAUUUCUAAGCACAAUGAGUGUCAUUGUUUUCUUGACAUGACCAUUCUACUUCUUCAUUUUGUCCUCUUGCUAAUAUCAUAACAUUUUGGCAGAUCUGCACAUUCAUAAGAGAUGCCACGGUUAAUUGGAUUGAAGACCAGAAGGUGCCGUAUGCCUCCAAAGGGAACGAAUGGGUUGGCUUUGACAAUGCCAAGAGUUAUGAGUACAAAGUAAGAACGCUUUUUGCAUACAGCUUUCCCCCUUACAUUUGGUUUGUCACAGACAUCCUUAUCAGCAUUCUCAACUUUGUGUAUUCUGUCACGUUUCGUGCUAUCACAAUUUGCAUGUUGUAAUGUAAGUGACUUCUUCCAUGCAAGGCUUCCCCUUCUAAAGAUUCACUGUGUAGGAAACCAAGGAGUUCCAUGUACAAGCAGAUACCAUUUCUGUGUGUGCAUUAUUCCAUAUUGUUUUGUGAAAUUGUAAUGUUGUAUGCUGAAAACUGCCCUGAGUGGUCUUUUUAAGGGUGGGGCAUGAAUGUUUUAAAAAGCAACUAAAUGAAAUACAAGUCAGAUGAUAAUAUGAAUAGCAUAAGAAGAGGCCCGAUGCAACUGAAGCUUCUUCCUGAUGUGAAAAUGGCAUCAUGGGAAUGUCAUGAUGAUGAUGAUUCUCUUGCAGGCCCAGUUUGUGAAGGAUAAUAAAUUUGGGGGUGCCAUGGUAUGGGCAAUUGAUUUGGACGACUUCAGUGGUGGAUUCUGUGGUGAAGGAGCCUACCCAUUAAUAAACAAACUGAAGAGUCUCCUUGCAGGAGGUAAGGCAUCUAAAUGUAGCACCAUCUUGUGCUCCACUGUGUGUGAAGCAGGAUCCUCCACGGGCUCUCCAAAUACAAAGUGGCCCUAUUUACAACAGUGUGACAUUCCUUCCUUGGGUGGGUGGGUAUGUAUGUAUGGAGCCAAUAGGAAGAAUGCCAGCAAAUCUGAUUCCCUAGCAUGUAACAAAGAGACUUCAAUGCAGAGUGUGAAUGGAUGAAGUUCUCCCCCAUGUCAUUUGAUUUGUACCUGGCUAUGCUCAGUUGAGGCUCACUGGGGACAAAGUCAGGGACUUUCCUGGGUUGUCAGCUAAUCUGGCAACAAAUUCCUACCUGGUACCAAUUUGUAGGUCCUUAGUCUAUACAAAUUAAGUUUGCUGUUGCCUCCUGCCCUCUAUCUUGUGACCAAGUGCAGAUUUUGUAGCUUUCAGCAUCAUGCCCCCUCAGCAGCCUGAUGAAGAGUUCAGAAGAAGUAGAAAUUUUGCUCAUUGUUUUGUGAUCUUUUGGUUGUUCCAAAGUAUUGGUCAGUUGUGGAUUUUGGUUUCGUUCUUAUGGAACAGCAAGCUACAUUGGUCUCUUUUAGCAAUGAAAAUGUAACCUAUCACUUGCCCAUCCAGUGAUGUACACCAGUAUGCCUGUUGAUGUGAACCUAGAUCAGAGGUCUCAGGUGAAUCUUGGAGUAAUUAGUUUUUAAAGAUUAAAUGCCAUUUCCCAUCAAAACAGGAGCUUAAAUGUAUUUCUCAAAAGCCAGUAGAGCAAUAAGAUAUUACUGACAGCUUAAAAUACUGAACAAAUUCAGAAUUGUCAAAGAAGCCACAUAAGUCAAAAUACGUAUUAAAUGCACUCACAGUUUCCACAUACCUUUCUGAACAUCUGCACUUCUUAUUGUUAGGCUGUGGUGAUGUUCCAACUGUUGAUCCUCCCACCAUACCUCCUGAUGAAACUACUACUCUUCCUGAUGACGUAACACCACCUCCUGAAGAAACCACUACUCAGGUUCCUGAUGAAACAACUCCUAAGCCAAGUGAAAAUCCUGAUGAGGGUGGUGAGUUUGCUGUGGACAAAAGUUACAGUUAGCGGUGUAGGAAGAUGUAGGGAUGGAGCAGCUCAUGGGCUGCAACAAUUUUUAAGAUGGCUUCUGGUGGCCUAGCAAGUGAUUGUCAAGAUGUGAUAAAAUAUGUCCACAAUUUUAUUUGUGCAUGUGUGUGUGUGUGUGUAUGUGUGCGUGCGGGCGCGCGUGUGUACAUGUGUGAAACAUGUAUAAAUGGAGAGACAUAAACACUCAAAAUGUAUUUAAUAUGAUAUCUGUAUUUUAGUUGUCUAGGUGAUGUUCUGGCAUAAUAUUCUGCCAACAUUUGCCACUUGUCCUGCACACUUUGGUUUCUGGCUCCACUCUCCGAAAGGUUGACCAUAAGUAGGGAAAGGAAGGUUCUCUUUGCUUCUCAUUUUUCCUAUCUUAAAUUCAGUUCCCUACAUUUUGCAGCAAUUUGCAAUAAAAAAAACCACCUCAUGAAAAUUCACCAGCAUUUUCAUACAAAUUUCUCCUAAUAAAUACAUUUUUAAUAGACAGUUCAUAGACACAUUUUUACAAGUCAUUUCCCCUAAUAUAAUGCAUUUUUAACUAAUUUAUUUUUAUUAAUACCUUCAUUUUUAUGCAUAUCUUCAUUUUAUGCAUGAUUAUCAACCAUUAUCUGGUUGAUUCAUUUUUAUAUAUCUUUCCCAACAUAUAUGCAGUUUUGUAAACAUAGGGUUUCCCUAUCUUGAAUACUGCAGUCGGCAACAGUGUCCAGACAGAAAUUUGAAAAAAAAUAAAAAUACUCAAAAACAGUGAUUUUGGCAAAAAAGCUCAACAACUUUGGGCAGAACUGAAAAAAGCUCAACACUGAAAUAUGGCAACCCCAGUAAGCAUCAUUUGAUUGGAGAACUGCAUCAAAAAACUUGGAUAAAUGCGAACUUUGAAGGAUAGCUGUGUUUGGGUUCAUGUAUUAUCUCAGAAACAAUAUUGGUUCCCCAUCACUGAACUAUAGCUUUAAAUUGGAAAUGGUAGGCUUGGGGAAUGAUAUCUCAAAGUUGUGUGACAAACUAGCUCUGGGAUUUUGUGCUGUAGUCCCCAUUCCUUCUAGCCCCUGGACUGUCUUUCGAGCUAGGAAAGAUUGCAUAAUUGUUAUGUCUGCCGCUUAAAAAUCCUCCAUCCAGACAUGCUCUUAGAGGAUAAUGACUGAAUGAACUCUGAACAUGACUUUGUGUCAACAAUGGCCCCAUCUCCAUUUUCUCACCAGGCCAUUCCUGCAAAGUUGUGUGCUAUUUCACCAAUUGGGCUCAGUACCGCCCUGAACCAGCCAAGUACUUUCCAAACAACGUGGACCCACAUCUUUGCACUCACCUCAUGUAUGCGUUUGCAACUAUGAAUGACAAUAAGAUUGCCCCUUAUGAGUGGAAUGAUGAGGACAGGCUCUUCCCAGAGUUCCAAGCGCUGAAGCAGAGGUCAGCUUUUUCUUAGAAACAACAUUAAGAUGUAACUGUGAUGUGGUAAAAGAGGUGCUUAACUUUUUGUAAGAUGCUUCAGAGAUGUUCUAGGAGCUGAUACAGAAGCUGGGGUCCACCAGACAUUUCUCUAGCAUAAACUGAUACAGAUAUUGCAGAUGUACCGUCUGACCUGGUGAUAAUGAUACAUUGGUAGCAGUAGGCCUCAUAAAGAAAGAACUUGUUCCAUAAUCUAAACUUGACUUUAUAUAAGCAUUAAGUAGAAGUCAGCGGGAAAUUUUUGGCAGGCAGAAGAUAUAAAUAGUGAGCAGCUUAGUUUUUACAAGAACAAUAUCUAUAGAUUUUCUACAUCAAAUCUGUUUUCAGUUUUUGUUUAUAUAUUUCAUUUUCACAGAAAUUCUGCCUUGGUGACAUUGCUGGCUAUUGGAGGGUGGAACUUUGGUACACAGAAGUAAGUUUUCUCUAUAACUUUGGAAACAUGAGUGGUAAUCAGCAUACAACUGUUGAACAUAAUAGUAUUUGACAACUGACAGACUGUGAGUGGAAUCAGACUCCUGUAAGCUAAGCAGUGCCAUCUGGGAUGCCCUCCCUCAAGAUUCCAGGUCUGUUUGACCUCUCUGUACUUUUUGUAACAGGAGAGUAAGAGACUGAGAAUGGCAAAUGCAAGGAGAAGGGAGAGCUAUUCUCUGACGUGCCUAAUUCAGUCACUUCCUUCUUAGAUGUGACAGUGCCCACAACUGUAUAUACUGUACAUCAUACACUUAAAGCACAUUUGAAACAAAUUCUUUCCCUCAAAGAUUUCUGGGCACUGUGGUUUACAUCUCAUGGAGUGACAAUUCCCAGCCACCCUUAACAAAUUAUGGUACCCAGAGUUCUUUGAGGGAAAGAGUGUUCUUUAAAGGUAUAAUGUGUACCCAGCUAUAGACAGCUGUAUAUUUACAUUCACGGUUUGCUGCUUUCUUAUUCCUUCUUUAGGAGAUGGAAGGCAGGAAUGGAGGCAGAUGCCUGGUCUGUAUUGGUAGUAAAUUGAGGUGGUACAGUCCUGAAGCGUAUAGUGGACUGUACCAUUUCAGGCUGCAGAUCAAUAAUGCCAUUUUUAAAAUGUUCCUUUCCAUAUUAAAAAUACAUGAGAGACCUUUGUACUUGAAGAAAACUCUUAACACAAAGUGCACUAAAAAUUUGAAAGCAACCCUCCACUCCAGACUGAAAUGGUACAGCCCAUUUUACCACCUGAGGGCUCUUUUCCCCUUCUUUUACUGCAUAUGUUGACCAGCCCAGACUGGGGAUAUCCAUGGGAGAGGUUAGUCCAUUCUUUCCUCAGAUGCAUUCUGGCCUCUCCUUCCCCACUCUCCACUUUCAGGUAACAUGAAGAAAUAAGGAAAGUUUGGCCUUCCACCCUCUCUUGCAAGGUGCUGCAGACCAUGAUGUAGUGCGGGGGGGGGGGGGAACAAACCCAAACACAGAUUUAUGUAAAGCUAAAUGUCAUAUAACUGAGGGUAGGACUGAGGCUGUUAAUGGAAGUAUCUCAACUGCAUAAAGCAAAGAAAGCAAGAAAACAAAGCUGAAGAACAGAAAAAAAUAGUCUGUAAAGCAAUGUGCAGUUGGAUUGGCUGACAGGGAAAAAACGAACAACAAACCAAAAAACAAAACAAAAGGAAAGAUACUAGCAACAGAUGCAAGAAAAACAGAGGUGCAGAACUGUGCCUUGGUAAAUUGGAUGAAGGUAGGCUAUACUCUUGCCUAGGAAUGCUCUUUUAAGAAGGUGCUGCCAGACUCUGCUGUUGCUUUUGUUUCCCCCAGAUUCACUACCAUGGUUUCCACCUCAGCCAACCGCAAAACUUUCAUAAACUCGGUUAUAGCAUACCUUCGCAAAUUUGGCUUUGAUGGGAUUGAUCUGGACUUCGAAUAUCCAGGUUCUAGGGGUAGCCCCCCUGAGGACAAGCAUCGUUUCACUAUCCUGAUCCAGGUAUGAGAUCAGUAGGUUCAGCAACCCGGCUGGUCAGGCUUCGCAGUUGGGGAAGAAAGCUUUGCUGCUCAAAAGAGGUGUGUAGAGACCUGUAGAAAUAGGACAGUUUCGUAACAAAAGGCUGGGAUAAUAGUGCAUUCUCUUCCUUUAGGAAAUGGUAGCAGCUUUUGACAAAGAGGCCAAAGAGACUGGGAACAACAGGUUGUUGGUGACAGCAGCUGUCUCUGCUGGUAAACCGACCAUUGAUGCUGGAUAUGAAAUUGCAGAAAUAGGAAAGUAAGUGGAGAGGGGAAAAAAAGAGCUUUGUGAAAUGCAAUUAUAGUAAUGCUUAAUUGAUCAAGCCUGCUUGGAAUUCCAGUCCUGUGGCCUGUAAACCUUAUCACUCGAUGCUAAAGGAAGCUACAUACAGAGGUGUACUCCCUUGCCAAUUAUUGCUUCACAUGUUGCCAGAGCUGAGACUGCCAACUGGAAAUGAGUACCAAAGGCCAAACGUCCUGCGAGACUUGUUGCAUUGUUUGGCCUCACAUGGCUGAUUUUUUUAAGGCAUACUGCCCCCCGCCCCCGCCAGAUCAAGACCAUGAAGUGAAGGCAGGGGGGGAAUUUUAACAAUUUGCAACCACCAUAAUCCCAAUCAGAAUCGCCCUCCUUCAUCCUUGAUGUCAAUGGGAGAGCUUUCCUUCCAUUGUGAAUAGCAAGUGCAGAAGGGGGGCUUUUUACAGUUAGAAGCAUGGUCCCCCACCUCAGCAGCCUCUGGGCAAGGCCAGAAAAGACAUAAGCAUCACAAAGAGUUUGGCCUUGACUGAAUUUUGACUUGCUUUUUACCCCACAUUCUGACUGAUGGUCUCUCAGACCCAUGGUCCCUUGCAGGUGAGGUUGAUAAGCUUCUGAAUGCACCAGAAAAACAUUUUUAUUGCAAAAAUAUGCUGAUGUGAAAAGUUUAUUUCACUCUGUGGCGGGUGCGGAACCUCCACAUAACAAAACCUACCUAGACUUGGUUGUUUGAAUCAGCCUAAUUUAAACCGCACUUUUCAUUUCAGACAUCUGGAUUUUAUUAGCGUGAUGACCUAUGACUUCCAUGGUGGCUGGGACACCUUUACAGGGCACAACAGCCCACUGUACGUUGGUUCAGCUGAUAUUGGAGACUUCAGAUAUUUCAACUGUGUAAGAAUAUAAAGCAUGGUUUAUUUUCUUUAGCAGGUUGCUUUGUGUUGUAACAUGGAGUCCUUGGAGCACCCCACAAUUGCCUAACUUUGACUCCCAUAGGUUCAGGUCAGGUGUCACAAACAUGAGACUUUAGCCAGGAGAUAGAAGCAAAACAGUGGCCUGUAGGCCUGAUCUUUAUUGUUGCAACAAGACUUCCCACUACCACAAAGACGAAGCAGCCAGAAGCCCCGAAAAAUGGUUACACCAGUAUUUUAAAGUUUCCCAAAGUUUCCCAUAAUACAUCUCAGGAUGCAUCAUCAAGACAUCAUGGAUAUGUCACAGAAAAGGUGUGGUCUUCGGUAGAUUGUGAGAUCCAGGCAUGCCCAUGUCACUCAAAUAUAGUCUUUCACACUUACUCCAUCACAGGACAAAGGAAAGUAUUUACAGUUCCCUGGUUGCCAAGUCAAGUCAAAUACACCCCUUUGUCUUGUCCGGGCUUCAUCCCACUAUGGGGUGGGUAGGCAUUGUGAUUGAGAUGGUUAUCUGUCUGGCGCUCUUGGGGCAGGAUAUCACCGGUCAGGACUCCUUGGGAAGGCCCUGCAAACAUGACUGUACAUCUCUUGGGGAUUAUGGUUGGCUCAUACACCCCUCCCCUUAUACCUCACUUUCCUGGGUCCUAAAUGCCAUUGGAACUGAGAAGAUUGAUACGAGUGAUUUCUUAUGAAUUUCUAAAGUCUUCCCAUUGAGCCAGUACGUAGAUACAUUUAUCAAGUGAAUUGCUACAUUUAGUACUGACGCUUCCCCUGUUUUCCUUUGUUGGAGACCUGGGGCUCAGAGGCGAGUCGCAGGCUCCUGCAAAUUGAGCUGAGCUUCCCUUGCAGAUGCAGUGCCUUUGUAGAUUGUAGAUGUUGUAGAUGUUGCUGUGUGGGGCGGGGAGGUCUCUCACCCCCAUUCCAAUUUCCCGGUAACAGUGUUGGUAAACAACAAUUGUGAGGUUAAUUCACACUGUCAUAUUCGCAGGAGUUUGCCAUGAAAUACUGGAGAGACAAUGGUGUUCCUGCUGGGAAGCUUAUGAUGGGAUUUCCCACCUAUGGACGUACCUUUAGGCUUACUACCAGUGAUACAUCAGUGGGCGCUCCUGCUUCUGGGGCUGGCUCUUCUGGACCAUACACCCGUGAGGCUGGUUUCUGGGCUUACUAUGAGGUAAGAAGUCCUAGGGCACGAUGCCUUUUAGGUUACAGUCCUAUGUAUGCUUACCUGGCUGAGAAUAAGUCCUAUUGAAUUCAGUGGAGCAUGCUUCUGAAUAUAGAAUUGCACUCUAAUACAGUUACAAUCUUAUGCCCACUUACUAAGAAUUAAGCUGUAUCAUAACUAUACUUUAGGACUGCACUGUGCAUGGUUUGCUGCCAUUCUCAUGUUUUUUUCAUAAUAUAUAAACCAAAUGAGCCAAAAUUAUUUUAUAUACAAGUGCCUUCAAAAUCUUGAACCUAACACACUGGAAUAUUUUGACAAUAUUACGCUACAAGUUUGGCCCAAAAUAAAUAUCAUGCUGUCUUUCUACUUGCCUUCUGGAUUUGGAUAAAUUACAAUUUUUCUUAGCAGCUGUUAUUAUGGUUGUGUGAGGUUAUUUGCUGAAUUUCUAAUAUUUUGGUAUCUGCAUAUAUCAGAGUAGUUUUACCCACACAACAAAUCUGUAGGGGAAUUCAAACCUCCACUGUUAUAAUAGCUGCUUAGUCUGCAAAGCAUCUUUUAUGGUGCAGUCAUAUUGUUCCUGUAAGGGCAUCUUAGGAGCUCUAGGAUGCUGUAGUCCUCCAUCUCCAAAAGUCAACAGGGACGUCUGCUGUGUUCCUCUCUUAACUGGGACAGAAAGUUCUGUUUCUGUGGUUUCCAUGAAUUAGAUCAUUUAAAACCAAAUAACUUCUCUGUUGUGACUUUAAUUUCAUGUUCCACCAGAUUAAUCUGAUUCAAAUCCAUUAAUCUAUUAAUACCAUACUGUGCUUGCAGAUCUGUACCUUUAUAAGGGAUGCUACAGUUAAAUGGAUUGAAGACCAGUGUGUUCCCUAUGCUUACAAAGGUUCUGAGUGGGUUGGAUUUGACAACAAAAAAAGCUAUGGAUGCAAAGUAAGGCUGCCUUUGUUGACUAUGACCUUUUAUUUUAUGCCUUCUUAUUACCCACAGUGCUGUACUGAAUGCCUGUGUUGCAUAAUUUGAACACACGAAUUGCCAUUUCUCAUUUACAGAUCUAAGUGACCGUUAGAUGUUGUCCCAGCCAUUUAGGAGCUGGAAAAUGUUUUCUCAACUAUUUGUUUAUUCAGAGUGCUGAAUUGAAGUAUAAUGAUUUAUUUAUAUCAUAAACUGAAAUACACAAUAAAACCAUAACAUAAAAUGACUCAACCACGUGGGUAGGGUUUUAUUGCAUGUGUCUUUCCCAUGGAAUCUACAUUGUGCUGUGGGUGCUGAUUGCCUAGAAAAACAUUUAUACCCCCAUAUGGUUGGGUCCUUUAAAUGUUCUCCCAGCCGUGGGGAAAGGAAGCUGUUUACACAUGACUGGCAGAAUGUUUAGAGGGCAUCAGCAGUGAAGAAUGGAGUUGCAUAUUGCAGACCAGGAAUAGCCAUUGUGGGUUAGACUCCCAUCAACCAGCAUGUCACGUGGCCAGGGAUUAUGGGAAUUCAUCCAUUUACAGCCCUGUGAUACCACUUUAAACAGUUAUGGCUUCUCCCAAGGAAUUCUGGGAACUGUAGUUUGUUAAGGGCAUGGAGAGUUGUUAGGAGACCCCUGUUCCUCUCACAGAAUUACAAUUCCCAGAGUUCCCUGUGAAAAGAGAUUGGAGCUUUGGGAGGGGAAGAAGGGUCUCCAAACAAUGCUCAGCACCAUUAAUAAACUACAGCUUCUCUUUGUGGGAAGCCAUGACUGUUUAAAGGGGUAUCAUAGCGCUUUAAAGGUGCAGUGUGAAUGUGGCCUUGGUUGGCUACGUAGACCAACCCACAAACAUUCAGGAUACAAACAUCAAGACUAGAUUAAUGGCUGAUGUAAUUUUGUCGAGUAGCCUGUUCGGUAGUUUUCCUGCUAUCAUACUGGUGUUGAAUUAGUGGGUUUUUCUCAACAAUUUUCACUGCUUGCUUGGGAGCAGAGCUUGUCAUAAAGCAUUAUCCUUUUUGUUUAUAGACCCAGUUUGUGAAGGACAACAAAUUUGGUGGUGGCAUGGUGUGGGCUAUUGACCUGGAUGACUUCAGUGGCUCAUUCUGUGGUGAAGGACCUUACCCUCUCAUAAAUGAGCUGAAGAACCUACUUUCAGGCAAAGGUAAGAUGGUACCAAAGGAUCAUUGGAGGUAGGGAAGUUAUCAAAAGCCAAACAGUUAUUUAGAUUCCACACCUGACUCUUCGAGCUAUGUUUUAGUAAUGGGAAAGAUGCACAUUCAUUGUCCAAACCGCCCAGUGGCAAAUGUUUUGGAACCAGCACAUGGUGUUUAAAAGCUCAUCUCGCCACAUGAUGUCUUAGUGUGUGCAAUUUAAAUGAAGAAAGAAGCAGAUGAACUUUUUGCAGUGCAUGCAUUCCUUAAAAGUCAACUGUGUUGACUUUCACCAGGAUGUAUGGGGGGAAAAGGCACAGUCACUUCAUGUCGCAUUUGUUUCUAUGGACCAUCACACCAAAUCCUACACAACAUAGCACUUCAUUUUGAGGAAGAUGGCUUUUCCAUUUCUAGUUUAGUUUUAAAGUACCAAGCUAGCUGAAUGAGAAGCUCCUUUUAGAGCAUGCAUUAUUUUGAAUGCCCAGCUGCUGUUGCAUGGCUUAAAAUAAUAGUUAGCAAAAUGAAUCUCAUUGUAUACAGAGUUUCUGAAUUUUAUUAGAAAAUAAUUUAUACAGGAUAAUAAGCUUUGCCUCCAUGAUAUUUUAUACAAACAUGUUAUAUAAUGCUCUGACACCCAGUCACCUGCAUUAAGUGAGAGUAACAAUAUUUCCUGUUACGGAAAGUGCAGCUCACUCCCAUUCCUCCUUCCUAAAGCAGGUGGUUUUUAUACUCGUAGACUAUAAUGGUUCUAGGAAGACGUUAUUGGUGGAUGAAAGCAAAUGUCUGAUUCCUGAUUUUGCAUGUUUCUUUCAGUUUGUGGUGACCCAGGAAGCACCAUAAUACCAUCAACCACUCCUGAACCUAUUACUACUCCGGGGCCUACAACCACACCUGAUCCAGAUGCUCCCACCACUCCUCCUGGAACAGAAUUUUGUGCAAACAAAGCUGAUGGCUUGUAUGUUAAUCCAGUCGAUCCCAAUAAAUUCUACAUUUGUGCUGGAACUGCAACAUUCCCCAUGUCUUGUGCAGCUGGCCUGGUCUUUGAUGAAAGUUGUAAGUGUUGCAACUGGCCAUUGAAUUAAGGACUCUCAGAUGCAAGGUGCUAACAACAACAACCUCUUCUUACAGUGCCUGUAGCACCUCCCUUUCCCUUCACAUGGAGCAAUAAAAUUUAUUCAUGGAUCUUGGUGCUUUGAUGUUUUGUUUAUUCUUUUGGGAGGCAGUGGGAGGAAACUGGCCGAUUUUGCCCAAUUUUAGGUGCACCAACAUAACUAUUGUAUACGGAGAGAAAUUCAGUGCAAACAUUUCACAACACUUGAAACUGUAUGUGUGUAUUUGACUGGCACACUUUCUCUGCAUGUGAAUGGUUUCUGGCCACCAAGAACAUUCACCUUCACAUUAGAUCCCCGAAUAAUACUUUUUUCAGACCAUCUUUUAACGAGAGGAGUUGGGUGGAAGGAUGUAAGUUGGAACUUCGGAGAGCUGGCAGCAAAAGUAUUUAUUUUACAAUGUAUUUAUUAGGAAUAUUUCUAAACUGCCGUUCAUCCAGGGAUUCUCAGGCAUUGUACAAUAAUUCAUUGUCAGACAUGGACGUUACUAUUUGCCUAAUUUAUCCCCUCCCGCAAGGGAUCCUCAGAUCCCCAACACAGGCCCUUCCCUCUGGUGGAUCCUUGACUCCACAGAGACACAAGAACCCUUUGCAUCCUAGGGGUUCCUUCUGUGUGCAGCAGCUACCUAUCCUUUACCUUGUUUCCAGCUCUCUGAGGACCCUGCAUCUUUGCAUCUUUGCUUUUCCUUUGCAUCUUGAGGAUUUAUGCAUCUUUGCUUUUCCUUUAAUCCUUUGUGCCUGAGUCUCUGCUGAAGGAGAGGUUAUAGCUUGCUCUGCCUUUACACCUCCUGACCAGGCUUCCUUUCCUGGAGGACCUCUCUCUUUUCUUCUGCCCAGCCAUUCCCAAUGGUGGUGCUGUGCUCCCAAAUGCCCAAUGGGAACCUUUUUGUGGGGCCAUAGUGAGUGCAGGAGUGUGCUGCCAUUGCACGUCAAGGCCCCGAGCUCCCCACCCCCCAUUUCUGGAUAAUAACUCACACGGACACCAAAAUUUGGGUUAAAAUUUGGCUAAAUAAGGCCACAACUUUAUUGGUUACAGAUGUGAGUGGUAUUGGCUUAGGCACUGGACUAGAACUGACUACAGUCAUACCUAGGGUUACAGACACUUCAGGUUGUGCGUUUUUGGGUUGCGCACCACGCCGAACCCGGAAGUACCAGAACAGGUUACUUCCAGAUUUUGGCGCUCGCGCAUGUGCAGAAUCACUAAAUCACGCUUUGCGCAUGCGCAGCAGACCAAAUCGUGACCCGAGUGUGCGCACACGGCUCUGCAGGUUGUGAAUGCUGCGGGUUGCGAACGUGCCUCCCGCAUGGAUCACGUUCGCAACCUGAGUGUCCACUCUAUAUCUGACUCCUGCCUGCCAUGCAGGUAGUCUAGAAAGGGUCAACCACCAAUAGGGGGAGCCCUGUUGAUGUACAUCAACUGCAAGCUCCCCCAGGGUCCCUGAUGGGGUCGUGGCAUGGCCCUAGCUCAUACCCAGGCUUCGGACAAGAUCCACACACCCAGAUCCCUUUAACGGAAGACCUUAAAGAAGAGGGGCAGGUGAAAGCCACAACCUCCCCUCCCAUAAACCAGGUUUUCCCAAUGCCUAACCACCAAACCUUACAAAGUUGUGACGAUUGCUACAAGGCAGGCGAAAACCACAUGGCUGGUGCCAAUUUGCCAAGUGGGAAAAUUUCUACCUGGCCCCCUCAACAGGCAACCAACCAUGGUCCAUAGCAAGGCCAAGAUGGUGAACGCAUGGAAAUAGGGUGGGAAGGUGGGAGAUCCGAAGCCCAAGUAGGCAAGAAGGGAGAACCCCCUGGCCACAUGGCUGUUUAAAUAGCCCAAGCCACACACCCCCGGUCAACCAGAUUGGUUGGCUGGGGCCGUGACGCAGCCAGGGACUCCCUGUAAUGCAGGCGGCAUCACCACGCCCCCCACUGUGCAUAGGUAGAGUGUGAGGCCUGAGUGCAACCCCACCCCAGGUCAAAGCAAGACACUGUGGAGACCACAACACGGCUGUCUCCUCACAUGAAUGUACAGCUAGUGAUGGAGGAGAAUUUAAAGUGAACGAAGUCCAUACAUGAUUCAAUUCAUGUAUGUUAUUUUCACUAAUUUAUGCAUUUUGUGCAUACUUUCCCUAACCUGUGCACUUCUGUACACUUUUUUUUUUGGUGGAGCAGUGUGAAUAUCAAAGGAGGUUUUGAAUCACAGAUUCUUUUGGGAAAUUCAGAUCAGGUCUGUUCUCACUAAACUGAGAGAUGGACUGAAUCCCUAGAGGUGGAUUUAAGGGAGUGCGACUGGUUUGGUUGCACUGGGUGCAGAGAGGGGGUGCUGCAGGGGGGGCCACAAUUAUAAUGUUGAAUGGAAGGGAAGGGGGGGGACACAUCAGAUAUUGGGAAUGCACAUGGCAUAAUUGAAUUUUGAGACCCACUGUUCUCCCCCCAUCUCUAGCUACAGCAAGAUUUUUUGCUCCUCUUCCCCAGCACCCCUGAAAGCCUGUACCCCAAAAUUGCCAUGCCAGCACUUUUUGUGUAUUGUUUAUUUCUGGUCAGAGCCAGAAAUGUUGAAUGUAUGGCUAUGGUUGUCAGACUGCAACUCAGAGAAUGCAUGUGGGCCUUUCACAGUUAUGUAACUCAAGGAAGGGGAUGCAACUGUGGAUACCCCUGCUUCCUCUAGCAGGCUGGAAAGAGAGUGGCUAAAGGGGUGGGGGGGGACAGAAGAGGAGCCCAGUUAGAGCUGCAAAUUUUCAUUGCUGUUGAGCUGUCAAGGCAUCAUGCAUUCUCUACUCCGGUUGCUGGACAACCCUAUUAGGACUCUGGGGCUUGCAGCGUUUGUUUGCCUGAAUUUGCCCUCUUGGCUAGCCGAUGGUCUGCUGGCUGCCAACACAAGUGAGAGAAACCUUAUGAACCGGCUGAGGGUCUCAAAGGCAUUCCAGUUGCUAUGCAAAGCUGUUUCUAAUAAAUGAUGCUGGGGUCACAAGACCUUCUUCUCACUAGCAGAAAUGAAGUAUGAAUGUGUAAACCAGAGGAAUGCUCUGUGAUGACAUUACAAAGUGUGAGAUCUUUCACUGCUUGUUACUAGCAAGGAGAGAUGCAAAACUGCUGGUUUCAGCAAUAGCAGCUAAGUAUCCCCCCCUAACAUUCAGCCCUGCCCAGAUAUUACUUUUUGUAUUUUGUCCAUGAAUUAUGCAUUUGCUGAUGGGGAUGCAAUUAUGAAAAAGAGUCUUAAAAAUAUCUAGACAAUGGAACAAAUUCAUCAGGACAUUAUAUGCAUUCAGUUCUUUGAAGUCUACUUAACACAAACUUAGUUCUUUUAAAUCAAUUUCAAACUUUCAUGUAGUGGCAUCCUUUUAAACCUUGGAGUCUUGUACCACUAUCCCUUCUUUCUCACAUGCCAAAGUUAAUUCAUUGUAAUGGUCUUAUAGCCCAAAUGCAUCAACAUAGAUCAGGCCUGCACAACUUGUCACUUGCAAAACCAAGCAUAAUCUAUGAUCUUACUGCAUUUCUUGGCAAUAGAAUUUUAUGGCAGAAUGCCUAAUACAAGACUCAGCUAUACAACUGCAAAUAAAACAUGUUAAGUGUGUUUUACGUGCAAUAUACAAUGUGACACUAGAUGGUGAUUAUGAGCCUUAAGGAAAAUUCAAUGUAUUUUAAAAAAACGCUUUAAAAAGCAUUUUCAGAACAGUUUUCUAUGUAGAUUCCACCACAGUUGCUAAUGAGUUAAAGUAGUUUUGCAGUCCUUAGACUAAUAAGAACAUAAGAAGUUGUAUUGUACAAUACCAAGUCACAGCAUCAGUCUAUCUAGUCUAACACACUAUUAUCCAUAUGGACAGGCGGUUCUCCAGGGUUUCAGGCAAGGGUCUUUCCCAGGCCCAGUUGGAGAUGUCAGGGACUGAACCUGGAGCUUUUAUAUCCACUACUUUCAGGCAUAGCAGUAACCAAUGCUGAAUGAUCACAUCAAGGACCAGUCCUGUAGCCAAGAUGUGGCAAAUCGGUGCACAGUCGUUGUCUCCUCCACCCUGAGCUGUGCUUUGUCCCCCCUCUGGAUUCUUAAAAAUUGUCUUUUAAAUAUGUGACAUGACAGGCAAAGACAGCCUCCAUUUAAAGAAUAACAACUUGUUUUAAGAAGAGGAGAAAUUUAAGAAUAGGAGCCUCUGAAGUAUUCAGCGAAUAAGGCAGGGUGAGCACACCGCAAAAGCCUCACUCAAGAUUUUCCCUGACUAAGGGUGGAUUUUUCAUUAUCACAAUCACCCUAUAAUUACUUAAGUGAUCUUGGGUGUGUGGGGUGGGGAUGGAGGGUGGGGAAGCCUGCAUUGUCACAGCAACAAUUGCAGAUAACAAUGGCUCUCAAAGUGAACCAUUCACAGUGGGAUCAGGUGUUAAACAGGGUUGUGUUCUUGCCCCAACUCUAUUCAUUAUUUUCAUUGCCAUGAUCCUACACUUUGUUGAAGGUAAACUCCCCACCAGAGUAGAAAUCAUAUAUCAAACAAAUGGAAAGCUCUUUAAUCUGAGCAGGCUGAAAGCAAAGAGUAAGGUUACCGUAACUUCCAUCACAGGGCUUCAGUAUGCUGAUGACAACGUAGUGUGUGCAUGCUCAGAGGAUGACCUCCAAACCUUCCUAAAUAUCUUUGCAGAAGCUUAUGAAAUGCUUGGCCUAUUGCCCAACAUCCAAAAAACCAAAGUGCUGCACCAACAAGUACCAAAUAACCCCUCUGCAGCACCACAAAUCUACCUCAAUGGUGUAACGUUAGAAAAUGUUGAUCACUUCUCCUACCUGGGCAGUUAUCUUUCCAUAAGGGCCGACAUUGAUGCUGAAAUCCAGCAUUGCCUGAGCUCUGAGAGUGUGGCUUUCUCCUGAUUGAAGUGCAGAGUGUUUGAGGACUGGGACAUUCACAGGGAAACAAAAAUGCUUGUUUACAAAGCUAUUGUACUAACAACCUUACUGUAUGCUUGUGAAACAUGGACCACUUAUAAACACCAUCUCCAACUCCUUGAAAGAUUCCAUCAACAGUGUCUCUGAAAAUUUUUACACAUCAUUUGGGAAUGUGUAACUGGAACUUCCAGUGUACUGGAAGAAGCAAAGAUCACCAGUGCUGAAGCAAUGAUUCUUCAACAUCAACUUCAUUGGACUGGUCAUGUUGUGCGGAUGCCUGAUUAUUGUCUUCCAAAGCAACUACUCUAUUCCAAACUUAAAAAUGGAAAGUGUAAUGCUGGUGGUCAACAAAAGAGGUUUAAAGACUGUCUCAAGGCAAAUUUUUAAAAAUGUAGUAUAAACACCAACAACUGGGAAGCACUGGCUUGCGAGUGCCCAGAAACCUAUGUCCCCACUGUGGAAGGACGUCACCUACGGACUCAUUGUUAAAACCGUGUUUAUGGAAGACAAUCUUACUCGGCUACGAGUGAUCACCGAAGAAGAAGAAGAAGAAGACCAGGUCAGUCAGGGCCUAGAUGGGUUGGUGGCCACUUUUCUAGAUGGAGCUUCAGACAUAUGAGCUACAGUCUCUCCUGUGCUUCUGAGGAACCAGCUGGGACCUGAAAAGUGGCAACUUUAAAAACACAUAUCUUUCUAAAAGACAAAAUGGAGACCAAGAGACCAAGAAAUAGAGAUAUUUCAUGGUAAAUAAAUGUAGCUGGAGCAUGUGCAUCAGUGACAAAAUUAUUACAAUGCAGAGAUUGCCAAGGCUGCUCCUUUUUCCAAGGCAGCCCUGUUUUAAGGCGUCAUCAGGGACACACCAGGCCUCCUUGGCAACCAAAUAGCCAAGAUCUGUUUCCAAACAGCUGAUCUUUCUCCCUGCAGAAUUGGCAGAUUCAGAGUGGAUUUGGGACAGAGUGAACUGCCUUGGCUGACUUUAGUGAUUAGCACGCAGGUGAUUUAUAGGCCAUUCAUCAUGGUCUGAAGGGCACACUGGCCCUUUUGACACCUGGCAGGCAUGGAAUUUAACAAGACCAGAAACCAGGACAGCUGAUUUGCUCCUAUCAAUACCCUGUAGGCUUUUCUGCUUUUUAUCAAUAUGGUUGCAACGCAGUUCAGUGGAUAACAGCCAAGGAGAUCAAGGUUUUUUGUGACUGGCUGAGUUAUGUAACUCACAGCUCAAUCCUAUACUGUACAUGUCUCUUCAAAAGUAAGUCCCAUUGCCAUAUUCCCAAAAGUGAAAAUCUGGACAAAGUUGUUGAGCUUGCUCUCCCCCCUCAAAGUUCCCCCCAACUCUAAGUUUUCAGCCUUUUUUUGAAUUUUAAAAUGAUUUUUUAAAAAUCUUAACCCUCACCUUGCCAUAUGUCUGGGUUCCCCCAGACAUUUUGCAUAUUUUCUGAAGAUAUGCCCAGACACCAUUUUCCUGUAACCCCGACGUAUGGCAGCCCUAGAUUACUCCAUUCUAGGGUAGAGAAUGGCAGCCUUUAGUUUGCUACCUAGCUUUUGUUAGCAAGUUGCCUUAGGCUGCAAUCUUAUGCAUACUUACUUGAAUGAAAGCCCCACUGAAGUUUAUGAGACUUAGGCUGUGCACACAUUCUCAUUUACGCUGCAUCCAGUACAUUCUCAAUGCUGGCACAUGUUAUAUCUGCCACAAUUCAUAACUAUCUGGUCGUUUCAUAUGAAAUUCUAAGUUUUGAUGAGCUGCCCCUUCCAAAAUCAGCUUUAAUCCAAAUUGAGAAAAAGAACAACCUUGCUAUGUUUUAAGCUGGUAAUGUGUACGCAGCCUUACUUUUGAUUAAACAUGCCUAGGAUUUCAUUGUGGUCGGGAAUCAGGAGCUAGAAUUUGUCACAACUUUCAUUGCAACUAGUUGGUGACGUAGCUGUUCCAUGGGCUAUUCAAUGCCAUUGCAAUCUUUAGGGGACUUUGGGAGAUGUUAUCCUUGUGAAGGCUUCUGAGCAGUUGUUGACCUUGACUAAAUGAAAUUUUCUACCUGUGAUAUUUCAUCUGAACUUUUUGGAAGUCUUAUCUCCCUCAUUACAGGUGCCUGGGUCCCACAAUGAUAAGAGGGGUUUUGCCCUCUACAUAAAGCAGAUCUUACCAUUGGGAGUUGGGCACUCACAGUUGGAAAAACCAGGAAGAUGGGGAAGGGUCUGUUGUGCUUUGGUGAGUAUACCUUUCAGUUUUCAAUCUUCCUACUACAAUUGUUAGGAAGGACAGAGGUUUCCUACAGAGUUGGUCUUAAAACCCAUAGGGUGAAUGUGUUCUAGAAAAGGUUUCACAGUGUUGUCUUCUGAGAGUGAGCAAUAAUGUUCAAAGUGCUGUCACAUGCUUUGGAAAUCUUUUUAUUAGAGUUAUGCCAAAUUUGUGCCAAUGUAAAAUGUAUGGGGGAAAUGUGGAGCUACUGAGAGUGGGAUUUCUCCAAUAUUUUUGAAAGGAGGCAUCUUCCUGAGGUGAUCCCAGGUAGUCAGAAUCUACUUAGAAAACACUUAGAUAACACUAUUUUAUCAUGUCAUCAUUCAUUCAAUCAAUCAAAUAUAGCUAUGUGAUGAUGCCAUGAAGCCAAAUCAUGGCAAUGCUUUUGGUGGACAAUUCUGUUCCACCUUGCGGCAGAAUCCCAAAAUUAACCCUAAAAAUGGGUAUAGGGUGGUGCUGGUUCAUCACACAGGUGGUGUGUUGUGUGAAGCAUGGCCCCUCCAUUUUGAUUCAACUCUAUUUCUACAUACCGAUGAAAAUAUUGUUAUCUGUUUCUAACACGUUCACUUUUCUUUUGCAGGUUUGGCGGUUCUGCUGCAGCUGCAGCUUGGUGAGAAACUUUCCCUAUAUGGUUAAUGAGACUAAAGUAAAGGCGGCUUCCUAGUGAGGCAGAGUGUUUAAACCAGCCAUAUUCACUAUGCUGUUAUAGUCCACAAGGGGUCACACAGGGAAUAUGACUGCUUAAGUAACAAAUGACUAUUAUAGCAUUAAGGUGUCUGGAGGGGAUAAAGCUCUUUAAAAGUACAGUUUAUAGAUAUUUUGGCAUGAGGAUGCCAUAGGGAAACAACUUUGGAAUCUCAGUAGGAUCAGUGAGAAGGAGACUAGACUUCCCUGAAGGAUGGUGGAGUUAUUUCAAACUAUAUGUGAUUAUUUCGUCCAUUUUUUAAAAAAAUCACAGUACAGUCUUGCAUGAGACACAUGAUGGGAAAAGGGGAUGCUUAACCUUUCCACCUGUUCAUCUUUGAAAAUAGUCGUGCCUAGCUAUUUUCCCACCCAUUGAGGAAAAUAUAAAGGCUCCCUGUGCAUGUAUUUUUCCAACUUUCCAACUUUAAAACCCUCCAAUUCUGAAACAAAGUAGCCCUUCUGCCAAUCCGUGUGUGUGUGUGUGUGUGUGUGUGUGUGUGUGUGUGUGUAUACUGGGGGCGGAGACGGAUAUCUGUAAAGGAGAGCCUGGUAUACAUGCACAAACUCUCCCUGUUUUGGAACUCUGAGCAGGGAGAGCUAAUGCACAAGGAGGUCCCCUUUUACAGACACCUUCCCUGUGUGGGCAGUGGGAGGUGGACGGGGGAGAUGCCCAACAAGAGUUAAUUUGCAGCGAGUGGCUAUUUUACUAUCUAGAAUAGUUUUUAUAGCAUAGUUGUAUAAGGCACAAUGACAUCAAGAAUGAAAAUGAGCCCUGCAAAUGUUGCUCAUCUUGGUUUCACCCCUUUUCAGGUUCUGCCUACAAACUAGUGUGCUAUUUCACCAACUGGUCUCAGUAUAGGCCAGAGCCGGCCAAAUACUUCCCAAACAACAUUGAUCCAAAUCUCUGUACUCAUUUGAUAUAUGCCUUUGCCACUAUGAAUCAACAUAAGAUUGCCCCUUAUGAAUGGAAUGACGAGGACAGGCUCUUCCCUGAAUUUCAAGCACUUAAGAACAGGUCAGUAUUUUCUUUCUCCAGAAUGAUGUGAAAACGGGUGAUUUUCCAAGCACGAUUUUCCGUGUAUGGAGGCACAAAUAGUAUUGAAGACGGAAUCACAUAUAACUGUUUUGAUGCAAACGUGAGCACAAUUAAUCAUGAAUGCACAAUAACAAACACAUUUGGAGAGGCCUAUAGUCUAAUUACCAUGUAAGCUUUAUGCAAGCAAAUCAAAAUCAAAUAGGUCAUCUGAAGAAGCCCUGUCUAUUUGUACAAGCACGUAACAUGGAUCCUUUUUUAAAGUUUCAGUUUCAAGAAAUUGUUGCAAGAGAUCUUGAAAUAAAAUAAUAAUAAUAAUAAUAAUAAUAAUAAUAAUAAUAAUGAGUUACUUUGUGCCUUGGUUUUUGUUCAGCAUCUCAACAUUCCUUUAACAUUUCACCUUUGACUCUGGAAUCACCAUGCAAGUUUCUAGACUGAUAUUCUCUGACAUAUUUUACAGCAACCCCAAUCUUGUCACACUGCUAGCUAUUGGAGGCUGGAAUUUUGGCACACAGAAGUGAGUAUCCUUUCCACAUACAUACUAAACUGUGACAGUAUUAAGACUCUGAACCCAUACAGUGUGUUCCUGUUGAGCAUUUGAAACGCAAGCAGACAUAAGGUUCAGGCCAGAGUGAUAGCUAUGGACAAGCAAUGAUCUGAAAUUAAAUUCUGACACUGGUUGAGGAAUAAGGUAUGGGUUGUGAUAACAAACCACUCCAACAGGGUAAAAGCAGCUUUUGAUGAGGGGUUCCAGUGACCUUGUUAUCUAGGAAUAGGGUCAAUAAAAGUGAUGAUGAUUGGCAUGAUACCUGCAGAACUGUUUAUGCUGUGUUCUAAAUAAAAACACAAAAGCAACAAAUCACAAUUUUGUGCUACAAUAAUCUAGUUCUAUGUCAGUAAUUCUGAAUUCUGUAUAAAUUAUUACAAAAUGGACAUAUUUGCAUAUAUUUCUUUCAUUUGCACAACAUAAUCUGAUAUGGCUAACCAGAGGAGCUAUCCAGGGUACUGGAAACUCCCUCUGCCUGACCUGUCCUACUUACCCUUCCUUCUGGCUUCUGAGCAUGAAGCAAUGUCCAACUGUCAUACUUCUAUUGGGUUCCUCUUACAUGUUUCCCAAGCCGCUUGCCCAUGGGCAGCUUCUGAAUGACUAGAGCAACAUUUAAAGGACUCAACCCUAUGAGUGGGGACUGAUUGCACAGACUCCAGUCAAGGAAUCAAUGCUUUGCCAGGAAGGAAUGCUGGUUACAUGGAAAAGAUCUAUAUGAUCAGACCCCUGACCAGUGGUCGGGCCAUUUAAACAUUACAUGAGCUGUGUGGGAGAUAUUCUUGGAGAAGUGGCUCCAACAUGGUUGUGAUAAAGUUUAUAAAGUACAUAGCAGCAUGCAUUAAGUAAAGGAAGAAGUUUGCCGCAAUUCUUAGGGUGUAAAUUGUGCAUUCACUACUAAUCUUUCACUGUGCGAUUGUGUUUUAUACAUACUCCUAAUUAUGAGAGUAUGUGUGAUAUCAGUUGCAAAAGAGAGCAUACAUGCAUUAAACAGGAUAUUGUUUACUAAAAAGGGAAUGAUAUCUAAAUGGUAUGCAAAGGCAUGUGGGAAAUUGUCUAAGAAUCCCCUCUUCCUAGGUUCACUGAAAUGGUUGCCUCAGCUACCAAUCGUAAAAUCUUCAUUGAUUCAGUGAUUGAAUAUCUUUGUAAGUUUGGGUUUGAUGGGAUUGACCUGGACUUUGAAUACCCAGGAUCGAGGGGAAGUCCUCCCGAAGACAAGCAACGCUUCACAAUCCUGAUUCGGGUGAGAAACCAACACACUAGUUUUGAUAAUCCCCCACAAUCUGUGCUUCAGAAAAUCAGCAGUAAUGUUUGAUUCCCAAAACCCCUUUGAAACCACACUUUCCUUAUGUCUUACAGUUGUACAUAAAGUUUAUGUGCAGUUAUUCACUACGCCAGAUUUAUUUAUUUUUUAUAAGAUCUUUAUUGAAAUUUUCAAAGUAUUACAAAAUAAAAUAAAAGCUGUAGGAAAUACAAAAUAAAAAUAGAUAACAAGGUAGAAAAAGAAAAAAACCAAACCCCUUCCAACCAUAUGAAUACAAAUUCAAAAAUAAGAAAAAGUGACAAAAGAAAAAAUACAAAAAUACAUCACAAACAAUUAAAAACAUUUAAAAACAAAUUCAUUAUUUUCAAAUCCUCAACUGUCAUUACCUUCUUUCUUUGACCUCCUCCUCCUCCCUUUCUUUGUAUCCUAGUUAUUAAUUAUCCCAGCAAAUCCUUUCCAUAUUUCAUAAUAUUCUGUCAUUACGUUACCCUAAACUCUUUUAAUCUUAUCUUACUAUAAUAAAAUAAACCUUAAAGCUUAAAACUUAAAUCUUAUCCUUACCAAUUUCUCAUAACCAUAAUAUUCUUUCAUAAUUCUUUAAACAUCUUUACUAAAGCCAAGUAAUUUCAUUCCAACAUUUUCCUGACAUUCAUCAAUUUUAUAAAACAGUUCUAAUGGUAGAAAAAAGAGAUACAAACUUCAUCCAACGUCCUUUCCUCCUGGUUCCGGGUUUUGUCAGUCCUUAUUAUCCCGUCGAUCUAGCCCAUUAACCUGGCAGCCUUAUAUCCGAGGCCCUCAAGUCUCUUCCAUGUCCCUUCCGCAGCUCUUCUUCAUAUUUGUAACUGUAUUUUCCCUUGUCUCCUACUCGUGGUAACUCCAGCUUGACAAUAUUUUUAACCCUUCUCGACAGAUCAGCCCCUUUUCCGUGUUCAACACUGAAUUCCAUAUGGUAUUUAAAAGCAUGUUUCAAAGACCCUCCAGAAUUAAAAUUAAGAGCCCCCACAAUCCCAAACAUCUGACGGCCCAUUGCCAGAUUUGAAAAGUCCAAACAUCCCAGCAUAGGGGGGUCAAUCCAGCCCCCCAUUCCCAGGCCAAACCAAACUUUUUCUUUCCAAAUCUGGCUUUUUCCAAGUUCAUUUGUCAAAUCCGAAAACUCAUAUUCCUGUUGGGCCUGUUCUGUCAGGACACACUCCUGAUUUAAUUCCUGAGUGGGCUCCACAUAUUUUCCCACUGUCUGUUCAAAAUUUCCCACUGCCUGUUCAAAAUUUCUAGUCGAAGUCGCCAUCCAAUUCACCUUCUCAUGUAACGGUUCCAGUAGGGCAUUUGUUUUAUAGAAAGCACACAACAAAGCUUCUGAAUACAUCAUCCUGCAAGGUCAGAUGCCUGUUCCCACGAUUGUAAUCUGUAACAGCUGCCGGCUCCCUGGAGUUGGUUACAGUUUCACAGUCUCCCUCUAGGGGGAAAACUUCUAUUUGAUCUUGCGACAAAGUUUCCCUUUCUGAGAUACUUUGUCAAUAUUUGUUGCUUAAAGAUGCGAAGGGAAGCAGUGGAAUCGCUAUGUUUCUCUUCUUUUAGCUAUCUGUCAAAAACGCUUGUCUCUAGUCAAUGAACUUCAAACGUCAGUCCUGACACCCCGCUCCAGGAUCAGGACGGAGGAAAGUUACUUUACUUUAAACUCACUUUAAACAGUCCGAAAAAGAUCCCCCUCCUUCUCCUGCUGUCGAAGGGGGGUUCCACAAUUUUAAAUGAUGAAAUCCAAUCCUUUAAAAGCGAUUUUCUAAGCUCUAGUUUACGUUGUCUUUGCUUUAUUCUGUCUACAAAAGAACGGAAGGCUGACUUCCUGUUUAGACCUUCCCGUUCCGUACCAAAUUAAAAUAGAUUUUAAAAAUCCAAUUCCUUUCUGCUCACAAGUCCUUAUUUGAUGUCCAGUUAUUCAAAGUCUGAGUACUCAUGGGUGCUUAUUUUAGAGUCCAAAUUGUCCCAGGAAAAAGGCAGCGCUCUCCGGCAAUGGCUAUGCGGCUUCGCUCCACAGAAAUAGCAGUUGACUCACAGCACCGCGCCACUUCCCCCUCUUCACUUCGGAGCCCGUUAGUGGGUUCCUUAGCGAGUUGGGGGGGUGCUAAAGGUGCCCGACGAGUCCCAUGGUCACAGGCUUCAUCCGCCUGUGAUUUUUAAGAGGGUCCCCGCUUCGCCGUAGCGGAGAAGACCCGUUUCCCGCGGAGCUAGUCCCUCCUGUUCAGAGGGAGUCCGCCAUUGCCGAUGGCGCCACCCCGGAAAUCCCUCACUACGCCAGAUUUAUGCACUGCAUGAAAGCUUAAAUGAUUGGGACAAAAUAUUUUUGGCAUAAUAUUUUGUAGCCUUUCUGGCUUUUGUCACUUUAAACAACACAAUUGUUAGAUUAGCACUGCUACACCAGAGCUGCACACUGAACAGCAGGUGACACUCUUCCUCCAAGGAUUUAAAAGAAUAGCAGCAGCAACAGCUGAAAUAUAAGCAACAGGCCAUGACCAAUAACUUAGUAAUAAUAAUGACUUAAAUGGGGGUAGGCAUGUUGGUCACUUGCAGAAAACAAUGGAAGAGAGUUGAGUAGCACCACAGGACACUAGUCUGUUAAUCUUUAAGGCAGGACUGGGGAACUUCUGACCUCUGAGCUGGCUGUGGCCUGUGAUGGGUUCUCAAAUGGCCCUAGGCCUUUCCUCCCCAGUCCUGCUCACAUAGUGACAGGAGAAGAUAGAUGGAGGAAGAAAAGUCCCACAAGGCUCUGUCAUUUUAAAUAACAGCAGCUCUAAAAAAAGUUCAAAAAUUGGUUUGGGUGGGUAGUCGUGUUGCUCAUCAGUAAUCGUGCAAAAAAGUAAAUAAAUCAAUAGGUAUGGCUCUUGCACUGUUAUGUUUCACUCACAAUUUAGAAAAGCAAUGGAAGCAAGUCUUGGGAAAAGAAACCCAUUCCCACGCCCCACCCCCUGUUACAAAAAUAUUAUGUUUUCACUGCAGGGAAAAUGCUUUUAGAUAAGAGUUGUGGAAUGAAAGCAACUAAUGUGCAACAAGCUAUUAGUGUGGAAUAUUCUAACAUUUACAAAAUGUCUGUAGUGUAGAUCAAAGUGCUGUUUGGCAAUUUAAAAAAACAGACAUACAUACCAAUAAAGUGGCUGAUGAAUUAACCAUAAAUUUAUGUAACUUAUUAACAAAUUUAGAAUAAGGGUUUUUUAAAAAACAACAACAACAUGCAAGAGUUUAUGAGGAACAUUAGGAAGGGGCAGUUUCAAUGUCUCCUAUAGAAAUGUGUGAGUAACAGAUACUCAUGAGAAAGAACAGUAAGGUUUGAAAUGAUUCUCAAUAUCUCUCCAUAGGAAAUGCUGGCUGCCUUUGAGAACACUAAAUGUAACGGGAAAAGGCUUUUGAUCACAGCAGCAGUUUCUGCUGGCAAAGGGACCAUUGAUGCUGGAUAUGAAAUUGCUGCAAUAGGACAGUAAGUACCAGGAAGCUCAAAUGAGGAUUUCAACUCUGCUCCUAAAUCAGUGGUAGAAUUUCCAUUUUGUGCAGUUAACUGUCACUGAUGAAAACCUAGGAAGAUUAUAGAGUCAUACCAUAGCCUGGUAUUGGAUUUUCCAGCAUUUCUUAUGUCAUUACUCCAUGACAGGGGUUCUCAUAUUUUUUAUCCCAGGGCAUCACUUGAGAUAACUGAAAACUACCAAGGCCAACCUUGGCUCAGAGCCAGAGCCAGUCACAUAUUGGUGGUGGAGCUUGGCCUAGUAAGAUGGCAAUUAUCAACACCAUUUUCUGCUGAUAUCUAAUCACUCUCUUGAAAUUGCUAAAUUCUUCUCCACAAUUAUUUUCUUGUGGCAAGGAAUUCCAUAGUUCAGCCUUCUUUGAGCUAAGUACAGACAUCAGCUCUGGAGGUUUUGUGACUUGGAGUCCCCAUUUCGGGCAGAAUCUGCUAAUCCAGAAGUGCUGAGUGAAGACAGCUUGUUAUUUUAUAUUUUCCCUUCUGCUUGCCCACAUGCUGCUCAAAGUAUUUUUUAUUACUCUUGUGUUGCCAUUUCUUCUCCCACUCUUCUAUCACAUUUCACUUGUACCCCAUUCCUCUCCAAACUGUCAGUUUCUUUCACCUUUCCUCUCUACCCCUCUGACAUUGACUUCCUCCUAGAGCAGCUUCCCUCUCUUAUCCUCUUCUCUGUUCCUAGUUUAUUUUUCUGUAAAUAUUAGUCUUCUGUCUUCAGCGCCUCCUCUUGCCCUUUCCCCACAGAGGAGGGAGACCUCCUUUUCCUCCUUGCUCCCAAACAUCUGUCUCCUGACCACUAUGUGAGGAGCUGCAGGUGUUGGCACUGGCCCAGCCAAAAACUACAGCAUAGCUAAGGGGGCAGGGGCACAAGGUGGGUAAGUGAGGAGGUACUGUGGCACUGAGGCCCACCUAAAAGUGGUCUGAGGCCCACUGGUAGUCUCCAGCUCACUGCUUAAGACAUGGUGGUCUAUAAGAAACCAUGUAAUAGCUAUAGCAAUGGUUUCGUUUGAUUUAUUCCAGACUUUUAGAUUUCAUCAGUGUAAUGACAUAUGACUUCCAUGGAGGUUGGGAUACCUGCACAGGACACAACAGCCCAUUGUAUGUGGGAUCCAAAGACCAGGGUGAUUUAAGGUAUUUCAACUGUGUAAGUAAAGCCUCCUAAUCCUAGAAAUGCUAUUAUUGUGUGUUUCCAUGAGACAGAUGAAUGUACUGAGUCCUAAUUCCACCCUUCCCCUUUUCCUCAGGAUUAUGCCAUGCAAUACUGGAAGGACAAUGGUGUCCCAGCUCAAAAGCUCCUUAUGGGAUUCCCCACCUAUGGACGCACUUUCAGGCUUACUACAUCAGAUACAGGUGUUUGUGCACCUGUCUCUGGGGCUGGCUCUGCUGGCCCUUACACCCGCGAGGCAGGCUUCUGGGCCUACUAUGAGGUAACUCACUUGCGUAACUCUCUUUCAAGCUCUGCUCCGCUUGUCGAGCUUUUCAUUCAGGCUAAAUGCAAUAUGACUGUGUAUAUGAUUAGUUCCUGGGUCAAAGGGGGAGUACUUGAAGAAGGAGCUUCCUGUAGAGGUGAGUACGAGGAAGAAGCCUGGAGACCUAGGAGUAAGCAAGGCUGUUUGUCUGCUGUAAAACAACUCAAUGACCGCUUGCUUUAAUAAGCACUUUCUCUGCGUAUGUUGGACAACCUGGAACAACAGCAUCUUAUUAAAAAAUUAAUUAAAUGGCAAUUGUAGAGAAAAGGGUGAAUGCGGAAGUAUCCUUAGUUGGAGCUGAAAGACUUAGCAUUCCAUGUCCAUCUUGUGCUCUUGCAGCAUUGCUUAAUGGCAACAGGUCUGCAAACCGCUAAUAACGUCCCAUGCAAUAUGAGAGGCCUACCACAUAGCGCAGUUGGCAUGGACUAAGACUGAUAAACUAAUGGACUGCAUGUUCUCACAGUGCUGCCACAUGUUCUCAAGUAGUGGCAUUGUUGGAAGGCCCCCCCACUCCCCACAUGCUAUACUCAGUCUUAGAUUAUUUAAACACCUAAUUAGAGAACCGGACUACAAUAGUUUUGUCAUAAAUGUUUCUCUCUAUAGCUAUCAUGCUUAUGCCAGCAUUUUAAACAGUAUCAGACAUUUACCUUAUCAAAUGUGAUUUCUUGUGCUCAAUAAUAGUUGCUUAGCUGUGGCUUGCUUUCUUAUCCUCCAGGUCCACACUCUCCUUUUAGAUUUGUUCUAGAGGUCCAGUUUGAAAUAUUAAUGAUUUACUCUACACAGAGGUUCAGAUCAAGGCCUUAGAAACAUGUGGCCAUUCAGAGAUAGAUGUGUCAGGGGAUGCUCUGAUAUGAGAGAAAAUCCUUCUCAGGAAACCCUAACCCUUAUUAGUUUUUAGGUGCCUGAAUCAGCACAAAACGGGGGCCAAAGCUGAGCCCACAAUGAUGUCCUCUGGUAUUAAGAAUUGCAGAAUGAUUUUUGUGUGUGUAAUGUUUUCACAGAUUUGCACAUUUUUAAAAACUGCCACAAAAGAAUGGAUUGAUGACCAGAAAGUUCCAUAUACCUACAAGGGUAAUGAAUGGGUUGGAUAUGAUGACAUUUGCAGCUACAAAUACAAAGUAAGAUGAAUGUGUUUCAUUUUCUUUUUACCAUUUUCCUAAAAUUAGGACAUACGUGGACUGCAUGUUUGAACUGACAUGGGAUUUAGCAAAGAUGUGAAUUAUCGCUGUCCAAAUAAGAAGUGGUUUGAGUAACAGAUAUGAAAUGAAAAGGAAAAAUGCUGUGGAAUUUUUUUAUUAAAUAGCUUUUUGUUUUGUUUUUUGCCAGGUCAAAUACCUGAAAGAGAACAAUUUUGGAGGUGCCAUGGUUUGGGCAAUUGAUCUGGAUGAUUUUCUGGGUACUUUCUGUAAUGAAGGAAAAUAUCCUUUAAUAAAUGAGCUGAAGAGACUUCUUGAAUCAAAUGGUAAGCUGUUUCCAGAAGGGUAGCCAUGUUAGGAUCUUGUGGCAUCUUAAAGAUGAGCAAAUUUCCUAUGGCAGAAGUGUUCAUGGGAUGGAUACAGUUGGCAUGAGUUGCAUGAAGUAGCAAACAGAUAUACAAACAAAAAGCGUGAUGGUGGGAAUGUAGAGGACUGAGGUAAGAGGAAAAUGAAAUGCAGAAAGAACAGACUGUGUUGAUUACCUGAAAGCAAGAUAGUGACAGUGACAAAUUAGCAAGGCAGCAGUGAUCGUGAUGACACCCUGGCAUUAACUUAAUCUCAGUUUAAGCUACAAGUGACAGAAAUGAAUUGCCUGAUAAACUAUAGUUCAGCGGUUUCCCACUGAAGUUUCCAUCCAUAACUCCUUUGUUCAAUGAUCUAGGACACUUGGAAAAAUUAUUCCUGCUCAGUUAUGUUAUUGUUAAGUAAAUAGGCAUGGUUAAGUAAAUAGAAUAUUUGACUUACUGUUUAAAUAAUGCUUCCAAUAUGGCUCCAAGACUAGGAAUGGUUAUACACUGCUCCUAAAUCACCAGAAACAGUGUGAAUGCUUAAGGAUUCAGUCUCUGGCACAUGGUCAUAACUGGUGACCUUGCACUGCAGCAAUGUCAGGAUCUUAGCACAAUUGCUAUGCCUCUGCUGCUCACACAAGGACACUCACAUUGGCAGUGCGGAAUGGAGCAAGGUUUCCCUUUAUUUCUUUAUGUUGCAUUCCCUGGGCUUCUCAUACUUAGGACAUAAUAUCCUGGGAUUAUUUUAACCUCAGAAUGAUUCCACACAGGGCCAGAUUUAGGUUUGAUGAGGCCCUAAGCUACUGAAGAUAAUGGGGCCCUUUAUAUGUCCAGCUGUCCUUUGUCAAUAACAAAAUGUCGCUGUUUUUUGUGUUGAAUAUAUGCUAUACAGUGGAACCUCGACUUACAUACGCCUUGUCUCAUGGACGUUCCAAGUUGCGUCCACGGCAAACCUGGAAGUAAACACUGGGUUUGCUGUGAUUUGUGCAUGCCCGGAAGCAGCUUCUGCCAUCUGCGCAUGCGCAGAAGUGCGCUACCGCCAGAUUUGUUGAUCAUUUUAAUACUUUAUUUAUUUGUAAUUAAAUUCAUUAAUGGUUUUAUUACAAUCAAGCAGCAUAUACCGGUAAAUGUUGUGAAUCAAUCAAUCAAUCAAUCAAUCAAUCAAUCAUGAAGCCAUUUUCUAAAGUGUGAGAAGAGGACCAUGCCUGUAAAAAAACAGUGGAAAUAAGCAACACCAAGUUGGGGAUUCCCCUUGAUAUAUCCAUCAUAUGAUCCCAUAUAAUUAUGAACAUACAGAAUUCCUUUACAGGGUUCUGUGUUUGAUGGGAGUCACAAAUUCCCAAGCCUUAAGCCUGUCUCCCAAGUGAAGUGCAAGUCAGCCCCUAGUUGAUCAUGUACCUCAAUGAAAUGAAUAGCAUUUGCAAGAAGGCAAGUAGACUGGACAUCUUUGGUUUACAUACGCACACAAUGAGCUUUGCCUGGGAGCACUUUCUUAUUUAUUUAUUUGUAUCUAAAUUGAUAUGACCUGUUUGCAUAAACACACCUUCCCUGGGUGGCUUAGUCCUUUAGUAUGAUUCAGUAGGAAUAUGAUUUUCUCACCACAUUGUUAAAUGUUAAUUUUAGAGCCUAUUGUGCCAGACUGCCCUGGUGGUGUAACUCCAACCCCUUCCACAACUACUACUACUACUAACGGAGAUACAGGUCCUACUCUUCCUCCUGCAACAACAACUGUGGGACCCCCAGUGCCUGGUAACUUUUGUGCCAACCAACCGGAUGGUAUCCAUGCGGACCCAGAAGACAAGACCAAAUUCUAUGUAUGUGCUAACCAUCAGACUUACAGUUUCAGCUGUGCAGCUGGAUUGGUUUUCGAUGACAGCUGCAAGUGCUGCAACUACCCUUAA